AUGGAUGCCUUCGGAUGCCUUCGGAUGCCUUCGGAUGCCUUCUGGGUGCUCGAGGCCACACCGCGAGAGCUGAAAUGCAUCACGCCACACAUCAGUGGCUGGCGAUUCCAACAGCUUUGGAACGGAUCAGCCAAGAGCUUCGCACACAGUGAUGGCACGCUGGUCAUCUCAGUUGGCGUGCAUGUGGUGGUGGGUGACCUGGUUCCAUGGCUCUACGGUUCCUACAUGCGAUGCCAAGGGCAUGAGGGCAAGGAGGAACGCUUCGAGGCGAUGUCUUUGGAAGACUGCGCGCAGCGCUGCAUCUCUCUCUUCGCCAGCAAGCAAUGUACCGCUUUCUCCUACGGCUUCCGCGGACGCUCUGCUCACGUUUGUUCCAUGAUCUCGGAUCCUUUCGGAUGCUGGUCCUUGGUGCCGGACCCCGAAUUUGAUGCCUACACCAUCCGUGACGCUGAGAGCAAUCACUCUGGUCCG